AGGGCUAAAUGCUUAAGAAAUCCACAUCAGACAUGUUCUGCUCAAGGCCUGCCUUCACAGGUCUUGAGCAGUCGGUCGUACGUCCGAACUGCUGGGGUCCCGAUCUUCGAUGGAGAUCGGGCAGGCUCCCUCGUGGAGCGGCCAGCAGCAGCAGCAGCAGCAGAGACCUGCUGCGGACACCGAGCAGGCUUCGGUUCUGCUGGUCGACCUCGUGUGGACCAUUCUGACCUUGGGGAUCUUCCUCGGGGCUGCGUAUCUCAUCAAACGAACACGGGACGUGUGCUUGUACAUCGCCUCUGCUGGUCCAGUAGGCAAAUGCAAGCCCCAUCACCAUCACGAUCAGCUGGUGCUGGAAUCCAGCAGCAACUCCGUCGUCGGUGGCUCCCGAUCCACUGGCAGGCUGGGCCUCGUCGGUGCCGGUGCUGCUGCUGCUAGUCUCGAGUCCUCGUCCUGGUCCUCGGUCGGCUCAAAUCUGAGCUCCUUCUGGGGCACCGCGGGCCUGGAAAUCAUUCGCUUGUCCAAGUCCACCAAGACUGCCGCCAGCACCAGCAUCGUCGGCCAGAGCCGCUUGCCCGCCAUAGCGUCCCUGACGUUCCACGAGCUGAGCCCAUGUCCAUCGAUAUCGUCCCUCACCGUGACACCUUCUCCAUCCGGAGCUCAUCAUCGUAAUCAUCAUGGACCUGGAGGCGCUUCGUCCAGGCAUGGAUCCGGAUCAGCCUGUGCAGGACAGAACUCCAAGCGAUCGCAUAGUGAUCAGGUUUCUGCCAUAGAUUAUGGAGGUUCAGAAGAACUUGCCUUGAGCUUUCCUCCUGGGUCGAAUAAACAUGAAGAUAUAACAGGAGCAGCAGGAGCAGCAGUAGCGGGCUCGGGAAGGUAUGGAGGAGCAGGAAUAAAGAAGUUUAGGCCACCUGCGAGUCGUCAGCUACAGGUCCAGGCACAAAAUGUACAGACAGGGGAGCUGAUGCAUCAUGCAAUUCAUGGCUUCGAGGAAAAAAUCCAUAGCGACUUACAUAGUACGUCAACAAAUUCUGAGAAUGUGAAGGGGAGAGGCCAAGCAGGAUCUCGAAUAGGAGAUGGAAGAGAAAAGAUUGAGGCAGACGAAGUAGAUCAGCAACAGCAGAUGCAGACACACCCAGCGACAGCGACAGCCACAGCAGCGGCGUCAUCAAAUCCGACAGAGGGAGGCCGAGGCUCGUCCAGGCAGGCUGGCGCCGCAGCUGCAGCUGCAGCUGGAGCAUCAGAUGUACAGGCGGAGGUUGUAGCUUCAGAGCUAUGUACAAGUCCAUCACAUCUUCCAGCUGAUACUGGAACAUGUGAAGGAGACCCAGAGGAUUACGACACCAUCGAUUUCUCAAGAAUAACACAGCUACCAUUCUCACCUGACUACGACCAUUUUCAUUUCUCUGAUCUGGAAGACGACGAAUAUGGCAAUAACAUGAUUGUACUGGAGAUCGGAACUGGUGGCGACCGACUACAGGCGAUGUGGAGUUGAGAUAUUCGGAUUGUUUGGAUCAAAUCUCUGCAGCUGCGGGCGUGCGCGCGGUGGAUUCAACUUGUAUUCGACUUCUGAUACUCCCUCAAGACCGGACCCGCAGCAGCUCUCAGCCCUUGCGUUUAUAAUGUUAUUAGAUUCUAUUUAUUUUAGAUCGAUGUCGACUAAGCUUGAUUCUUUCCCUGUACUCUCUCCUUUCAUAAGAUGCUAUCUCUCGAUCAUUCAUGUAGAUAAAACAUCUAACGAGUCUCCGAAGCUGCAAAACUACUAAAAGUGUAUAUAUGUCAAACGCCAGCCAUUUAUCAAUAUACGCCUUCGGGCAUGAGAUUGCCAUCAGUGUUCAUGUUCGGUUCGGUGGAUUCCA